AACAUGUCAUACCAGUACUAAUACUCUCUCAGUAGAGUAUUCUGUAAGCAGCUGUGUGGGUAUGAAGAGACGUUUGACAGUAUCAAUGCUGCUAUCAUGGCGCACCAUGCCUUUUUGUGUGGCAAUAGGAAGACGUACUGCCUCCUCACUGCCUGCUGGUGCAGUGAAUUUUGUUCCAAUAAGUAGCUCAGUCGAUAAGAGCUCGUUGAAGCAGCUGCAGGCAUUUGUAUCACAAGCCUCACGUCUCUUUGUGGUAACUGGAGCAGGACUGUCGACUGAAUCAGGAAUCCCUGACUAUCGUUCUGAAGGUGUUGGACUGUACGCACGUACAGAUCGACGGCCUAUGCAGCACUCCGAGUUUAUGCGCAGCGCCAAGGCUCGGCAGCGCUACUGGGCCCGCAGUUAUGUGGGCUGGCCAAAAUUCUCCUCCCACCAGCCUAACUCGAGCCACUAUGCCCUGAGAGACUUGGAGGCGAAGGGCAAAGUUCACUGGCUUGUCACUCAGAAUGUGGAUGCUCUACAUUCUAAGGCAGGACAGCAAAAACUUACUGAGCUGCAUGGCUGUUUACACAGGGUGUUGUGUAUGGGUUGUGGCCAGCUGACUGUGCGGGAGGAGCUGCAGAAGCGUUUUGCUGAGCUGAACCCUGACUGGGAGACAUUCGCGGGUGCAGUAGCACCAGAUGGAGAUGUAUUCUUAGAGGACGAGCAGGUGCUGCAUUUCAGGGUACCGGCAUGUCAGUGCUGUGGUGGGUUUCUCAAACCUAAUGUGACGUUUUUCGGUGACUCUGUGGAUCGCAAGAUUGUGCAGUUUGUACAUGACAGGCUGGCUGAGUGUGAUGCUGUGCUUGUGGCUGGAUCAUCGUUGCAGGUGUUUUCUGGGUAUCGUUUCCUGUUGGCAGCCAGUGAGAGGCGACUUCCGGUGGCCAUCCUGAACAUUGGCCCUACUAGAGCUGACCACCUCGCUGAGCUUAAAGUGGGGGCUCGCUGUGGUGAAGUGCUACCAAACCUCACUCCCAGCUGAGGCACAGAAAACCUGAUGGAGUGACAUUUUACCCUUCUUCAGAAUUACUGAUGCUCCUGACCUGGAAAGCUUGGUCCACUCCAACCUCUCAAAGUUUAAUAUUGUAUCUGCGGGUACAAAACAGCUGGACUUUACCUCACUGUGUCAUGAACAGAAGACAUGGCAAAAAUGAUUAACAGGAGCUAUGAUAUGUAACUUUUAUUUUAUUUAGCAUUAUUGAAAUAAAUUAUAUGUUUUAGUGGAGAACACUACUGUAAA